CGCCACUUUGAUUUCUUCAGUUUAACUAUACGAUAAUAGCAAGAUAAGCAGUAUGCACUGGGAGAAAUCGCCACCAUCAGCACUGGCCAGGUCCAGACCAUACCAAGGCGUUCGAGUCAGAGACCCGGUCAAAGAGCUGCUGAGGAGGAAGAGAAGCCUGGAGCUGCAGAGCAACAAGACAGCACCCCCUGCUACGGAAGCGGCCGCACACAACAACCAGUCACCAUACACACAAGCCAUCUUUGGCUCCGAUGUUGCCAGCGGCCCCACAGCUGAGCUGUCAGGUGCAGCUGGAGAUGGAGGGCUGCAGUGCACCGGAUGGAAAGCUCCGCCCCCUGCUAACAGCGCUGGCCUACAGCCUGCCAUAACGCCAUGGUCUUCACCUGAAUACAACCAGCAGGACCCCUCGGCUCAGACUCUGGCCUACCCAGCCACCACCCUGACUGCAGACUUGUAUAUGCAGACUCUGUGCCCCAGCUACACCAUGCUGACCUACACACACACACCACUGCUCACUAACUUUGGGACCAUACCAAUGACCCCAGCACCAGCCUCCCUCCCUCAGAUGGAGCUCCCAGACUCAGGGUUGACCUACCUCCCCUGGGCCCAGCCCCUCACCACCAUAUCUACCAUGCCCAAUCCGGGGGUCCAGUUUGCUCCCGGCUCUGCAGCCCUGUCCGGCUCACCUCUGGUGCACAUGCCCUUGUCCAUGUCUUUGACCACCAUGAUCCCUCAGCUGGAGGCCCAGGGUGUAGACCCUCAGCCCCAGAUCCUUGACCUCCCACAGCGCUCAGAACACCAGCUAGACCAUGAACAUGAAGACCAGUCUCUGGAUGAAGAUCCGGGGAUAGAGCCAGAAUCACCAAACCUACUGGAUAAACUUCUGGAGGAUCACAAGGAAGAUGAAGAAGAGGACAAAGACUCGUACAGCAGCUCACUCUACAUAUCCACUGUCUGAAAAAUAUGAGUGCUCAAGUUGUCUGUAUAGAGCAGUAUUUUUACUCUUCUUGAUUCCUCAGGGGCCUUGUUCUUAUAGACCUUUCUUCCAAACAUUUUGAAGUACUCACAGGUGUCAUUUCUAACAUCCAUAACGACUGUCAUCUGUUUCAGCGUUACAGUGCCAGAGCCCUUUAAUUGUGGAAGCUGGAUAAUUUCAGUUUAUUAUAACUUGGGUCUUGAUGUUGUAGCUGUGGCCAAAAUAACUUCCAAAAUCAAGGCUGGAUUGCCAAAUGGGCAAAUCAGGCAGGUGUCCAGGAGCCCCAGAGCUCCUGGCCCUAAAUCCCCCAGUUUUCUGUGUGAAAUUUACUUUGAGGUCAUUUGAUUCAUUACAAAUUUAUUUGGUAAUAUGCGCCACUAAAGCACAAUAAAAAAUAUAACUGCCCUGUCUUGUAUAGAGAACCUGUGUCACAAUCUAGUUUUAAUAUCUUUAUUACUUAAGUUGAUAUUAUACUUACAUGAUGCAUAUUCUUUAACAAAUUUGUGUUUAAUCAAAAUGAUCAACUGAUAUGCCCUGGGAUCAGAUAUUGUGGUGCAGCAAUACUGGUUGGUUUCUGUUACUCCGGGAA